AUGCAGCAGGAGGAAGCAGACCGCAUCCGCAGCGAGCACGAGAUCUCCAUCAUUGCAGGGGCUAAUGUGCCGAAGCCCUGCCCCACCUUCGAACACACUUCUUUUCCCUCUUACCUCCUCGACGCAAUUGCUGCUGCGGGCUUCCAAAAACCCACGCCCAUUCAGCUGCAAGGAUGGCCCAUUGCGCUUUCGGGAAGAGACAUGAUUGGAAUUGCGGAGACAGGCUCAGGGAAGACUUUGGCUUUUUUGCUGCCGGGGAUUGUCCACAUAAAUGCGCAGCCCUACUUGAG